AUGAGAAAUUCUCCUAAGAGAAAGGUAUCGACGGACAUACAACCGUUCUGCUGCCAAAAACUCUCUGUGAUCGCUUGCUCGUUUGCAGUGGUUUCCUUACUACUUCAAACAUACAAUUUCUUUGACAAUGGUGAAGUGAACUUUGAUACAGAAGCUAAGAAGUUAAUGAAGAAUGUUCUAGAAGAAAGCAUUGAACAGAAAGUUGAGGCGUAUUUUGUGAAGAUCAGUGGUAGCACGUCGCAUAGGCUAAAACGAGAAGCUAUGUUGAAACAAUCAGUAAACCAAGAAGACAACACAGUAACUCCUCAUGUGGAAUUCUUCAACCCUAAAAUGCGAUCAGAACUUGAAGAGAAGGAUGCAGCAGAAAUGAGAAGGACUGGCGCCAAAGGACCAGCUCCUGGAGGAGACACUUGGGUCUGGUUGACCAGUUAUUCCAGAGUUCCCUAUAAAGUAGUCCAAGGAUUUUGCAAAGCUACUCAAGACUACUGCCCGCCUGGUGUACAAGGACCGAAAGGACCAACCGGUUUACCAGGACCAAAAGGAGAUAGAGGAGAUGCUGGAGCACCUGGAACACCUGGACAUGCUGGAAGCAGAGGUCCAGUUGGACCACCUGGUCCAAAAGGUGAACGUGGUUUCCCUGGUAACCCUGGCCUGGACGGUCGUGAUGGCGUCCCUGGAGAGCCAGGUCUUGAUGGCAUGUCAGGUCGUAAUGGUGCUGAUGGGGCUCCAGGCAAGGAUGGAAGGGAUGGAGUUCCAGGAAGGGAUGGUAGUCCAGGAAAGAAUGGAAAGGAUGGGAAAGAUGGUCGAGCUGGUGCCCCUGGACCUCCAGGUAUGAGAGGUCCUAAAGGAGACAAAGGUCCUAUGGGAGCCAAGGGCCAGCGAGGUAAUGAUGGUCGUGACGGAGCACCAGGAAGACCAGGCCUCUCCAUCUACAACUAUACCUUGGAAAAAGAACUGUUUAUCCCACCUACUUUUGCUCAGGAUCAAACCCGCGUGAUAGUGCGAGAAGGUGACACAAUGAGGAUCAGUUGCAAUCCCAUGGGACGACCAGAACCUACCGUGGAGUGGAGGAGAUACGAUGGCACUGCUGUUAUACAGGGAUCAUGGCGUGACGCGUCAGUGAGUGGUCACGUGCUGAACAUCCCCAACGUGUCUCGCUGGCACACCGGCAAGUACGUGUGUCUGGCCAACAAUGGCAUGCAGCCCUCUGCCAACCAGACUACUGAUGUCGAAGUACAUUUUAGUCCUUACAUACGGGUGCCUAAUAACGUGGUUUAUGUAACAAACAAGACUGUGAAGAUCGAGUGUGAGAUUCAAGCUUGGCCAGAGCCAGUUCUAGCGUGGGAGAUAGACGGCAUCACUCUCGAAGGUCUUCGGUACAAAACCGAAGUGGCACCAACAGGGGAUCCCUGGCGAUGGAUCAUGAGGCUAGAGAUCCCAGGAGUAAGAGACAGUGACCUUCGACAGUACAGCUGUGUAGCCAAAAAUGAACUUAAUAAUCAAACCGUUAAAGGACACAUUAAGUUGAUGAAUCCGGGGCCACAUCACCAGCCAAUUCCAGCACAACAACCCGUGGAAUACGGCUCCCGGCCUCCAACACUGACCUCCUACGAGGAGUUGUGCGAGGUCCAGAGAUGCCCCACGUGUCCACGGUGCGACCGCGCCCAGUUGCUCAUCACACCUAUGAAUGGAACAGCUGGUCUAAAACCGAGGAGAAAUACUAACUGUCAACUCUAUGCUAUUGGCAAACCAGUGUAUCAUCGUUAUAAAGAAGAAAUGUUCGGAGCCUGGCUAAGGGACUCCAACGGCUCUGAAGCGCAGAGAGACAAGUUAUGGACAACCCAGGAGACCGACGUGGAGCGGCUGCGAGAGUACAGGUCCAAGGCAAGCUUCAAAGCCGAUCACGUCGACGAGUACCACAAGCUGCAGAAACCAUUCUUUGGCAAUGGCCACGUCGUAUACAGCGGUUCGUUCUUCUACCAGGCUAAUGAGUCUGGUAAUCCUGGCGACAUCAUUCGAUACGAUCUAACUCAGAGCCGCAUUAAAUCUGUCAAACUGCCUAAUGCUGAUGGCAGACUUUACACCACACAGCAUAAUCAGGUAGACUUCAGUGCAGAUGACAAUGGACUUUGGGCAAUAUAUUCAAUCGAGUCGUCAAAUAACACUGCUGUUGCUAAGCUCAGCUUCGAUCCCAAUAAGGACGGUCUUAAUAUAGACUACAUUUGGAACAUUUCAUUAAAUCAUAAACAAGUGGGUGAAAUGUUCAUAGUGUGUGGGGUCCUAUACGCACUGGACUCUGCAACAGAGCGAGAGAGUAAGGUCUCAGUGGCAAUAGACCUGUACCUCAAUAAGCAGGUGGAAGUAGCCCUGCAGUUCACGAACCCAUUCCGGAAGACCACGCAACUUGGUUAUGAUCAUAUGCAUAAGGAGUUAUACUCUUGGGAUCGCGGGAACCAGCUGACGUAUCCAGUGCGGUACAAUGAACUGCCAUGA